AGGCGCGCGCGCGCUCGCGGCCGCGGCACCUCCCGUCCCCUCCCGACCCCUCCCUCAGUCCCGCUCGGCGGCCGCGGCGGCAACAUCGGCGGUACCGCUGUUGGCAGAGGUGCCUGCUUCUUCUCCGCCUCAGCUCCGCUAUCCCCUGGCACGAUGCAGUUUAUGUUGCUUUUUAGUCGCCAGGGGAAACUGAGACUCCAGAAGUGGUAUGUCCCAUUAUCUGACAAAGAAAAGAAGAAAAUCACAAGGGAACUUGUUCAAACAGUAUUAGCCCGCAAACCGAAAAUGUGCAGCUUCCUGGAAUGGAGAGACCUGAAGAUUGUCUACAAAAGAUAUGCAAGCCUCUAUUUCUGCUGUGCUAUUGAAGAUCAGGACAAUGAACUAAUAACUCUGGAAAUAAUUCAUCGCUAUGUAGAACUUCUUGACAAGUAUUUUGGCAGUGUCUGUGAACUUGAUAUCAUCUUCAAUUUUGAAAAAGCCUAUUUCAUUUUGGAUGAGUUCCUUUUAGGAGGGGAAGUUCAGGAGACAUCCAAGAAAAAUGUUCUUAAAGCCAUCGAACAAGCAGAUCUCUUACAGGAGAGCCAGAAUGAAGACUGGGGAGGUUUGUCUGAGGAUAUCUUAUGAUUAAGAGCAAUCUAAGGCAUUAGCCCUUUUGACCCCAUCUAAAUGAUUGCCCAUAUGAACAUGUAUUUAUUGGAAAAUGAGCUGUUUACAUCUGCUAUGCAAAGAAAAUGGGCCCUAAAAAGAUUGGGUGCUGCUGCAAUUGACUGUGUAUCAAAAUGCCGGAUGCUGCAUGACAGAACAAAGCUUAUUUGCAUAUAUAGUGCAUUGCAACAUAUUUUUGUCCAAAGCAUAAGUGGAAUACGUUGUGGCAGUCCUACUAAUAAAGGUAAGAUUUUAAUUUGCAUAAAGCAAGUUUAAAACAUACACGAAAAUGAUUUGCUAGGAAAAACUUAAUUAGUCUGCUACUUAUUUGAUAUAAUGAUAAACAAGUAGUUCAGUAAACAGAUUGGCUUUUGUACUGUGGAACUGUGGUAAUAGAUCUAAUUUCAUAUGCAGCUUUAUAAAUACCAGGAUUUAGUUUCCAGAUAAAAGAAAAACAAAUGUAGUAGGCAAAAAUAUUUGUAUUAUGUUGAAAACCAAAUUCAGAGCUGGUGUAUGGGUAUUUUUACCGUUUAAGAGUUUCCUAGUAUAUGAUAGAGCCAUAGAAAACUUAAGUGCUCAAGCUUGAUACUUUCUACAUUUCCCCCCCAAUUUUAUUGCUUUUUCUGUACUCUUCAUGAUAACAAGUUCAUGUACAAAGAGUGUGAUUCUUAUAGUGAGGUUAGAAUUGAAACUGUGUUUGUAAAACUUUCCUUGUGAUUAGAACUUUAAAAAGCUACCUACAUUGUUCAGCACCUGUGCUGUGAACAGAGCUUAGGAAUCCUAAUCUUUUUUUUUUGUGUCUCAGAUGGCUACAAAGACCAAUUCUGACACAUACAAACCAGGCCUAGAUAACUGUGUGACUCCAGUUUACUUGCCUACAAUAUUUCCCUGGGAGAUCUCUGUGUGUGGGCAUAGUUUUGCUUGAAAAAAUGUGCUUUGUCCCCAUUAAAUUAAACACAGUUGUAUUAUCUGAUGCCCAUGGAAUGCUACUUCUUGGCCUGUACUGUUCCUUGGAAGGAGUGAAGGAAUAGUUGCUGUGUUCAGAUCCUAAUUUACAAGGUCGUCGAGGCUCCUCAGAAUAUGGAGAAAUAGAAAUGGCAUCUGCUGGGCUGAGUGGAGAGGGACAGAUAGAUGGUUGCACAUAAUCAGAGAUGGGGAAUAGUUAGCCUGCAGUAAGGUGCUGCAGUUUGUGUGUAGGAAUGAAGAUCAUCUGGGUUAGAGAAAGAUCUCCUGAGGUAAAGGAGGUUGCCUAGGGCAAGGGGAGGAGUUUGGCUCAGAGCUUGGGUGUUUGGAUUAACCUGAUGUUUAACUAAUUGGUUAUACAACUUUAAAUUACUUUAAUCCUUGUUACUUUGAGGCAUAACCAAGCCUAGAAUGAGUAGAACUUGUUUUUUUUGUUUUCUCUUUUAGAGAGAUUUUCUGUAAUCUAGGGUGUUGAGUACUAUGUGUUCCGUGUGGCAGUUGUAAUAAGCCACAUAUUCAGAAGCAGUUGGUUUCAUAGAGAAUGUGGUGAAAUUUAUGGUAAGCCUUGCAUAAUACUGAAAAACCACAUGAAAUCUUGAUAUACAUUCAAAUUGUUCCAUGUAGAAAUUCUGCUUUCUACGGAGAGCAUUUUACAGUGGUAAAGUCAUGGUGUUGAGUCAGGAUGCAGGAUGCUCAUCACCCAAACUCAUGCUGACAGUGACUGUUGUUGAGAAAGCUGGGUCUAUUCUCACUCCCACCUUUGUGUUGAUCUGCUUGCCCUGUGGUUCUGGGGCUCCUAGCUUGUUAGCCAAAACUUGAGCUCACGUAGAGGGAGCAUGAGGGAAGUGCCAGGAGGAGAAAACCGGUGGCAUUGAAAAGGGAAGUAAAAAGCAGCUGCUUUUGGCAAACCAGGACUUUGCUAAAGUUGAUAGUACAGCUUAAAUUAUGUCCUAUUUUUUAAAGAAUCACAAUAUGUAAGUGCUUUAAAAAGCAAGUGUUCCACACAUCUUGUCCUGACUCACUGUCUGCUGUGAACCCCCAAGUCAGCCUGCAGAGGUAGGGUCUAAUUUACUUGUCAUGUGCUGCGCCCCUGCUGUUGGCCUGAGUCAUAGGAGUGUAGUGAGGAGCUUCAGCAGCAGUAUUGACUUUGGGAGUUUUCAGCUGUCCUUUCUCUCCCUCUUUCCUUGUGCCAGAAAAGCUAUUUAUACAACAAUUCUAGAACUGGAUUUCAGAUCCAUUUAAACUGAUCCAAUUCAAAUUGUUUAUUUUAAAAAACAUAUAGUCAGCAGCUUUUCUUUUCUGUGUUUACAACUUGUGCCUGCAAACAUUUGUCCAAACAAUUGUAAGAAUGCAGAGUGCUGCAGUGCCAGGAAGGAAGGGAGAUGCUUAAAUGCCAUUGCCAUGGAAGCUGAAUAGUAUUGGACGUGACAUGGCUUGUUGCAGCAGUAUAUUCUGGUCAGCUUUUCAAAGAUAGCAGUCCUGCAGUUUAAGAAAUGCUUCCUUGAGCAAAGGAGAAUAAGUGAUGCAAACCUGUAUCUGCAGUGCUGAAAGAAAGCAUUAAUGAAUCCUUAUGUGCCUAGUUUGACAGUUUGCCAAACAUCCAGACAUUGUCAGAUUAUCUGAUGGGGAGCUCAGUGAUUUUUUUUUUUAAAUAAUUUUGGCUCUAACUUCAGAAUACGAAGUGUUCAGCCGUAAUAUGUGCUCAAAGCAUUUGUGUUUUUGUGGUGGCGAGGUGGAGCCUCUGACGGAUUCUCAGAACCAUCCUUCCUGCUGAAGGCUGACUCUCGAUUGUUCCUGGCUCGCUGCAUAGCAACUGAUUGGCACAUGUGGAGGAGAGCCCCAGAGCGAUUAUCACCUCUGAGCUGGCAGAUCAGAGCAGCAGCUCAGAGGCAGGAAGCACCUGCUAUUACCGGGUUACAGUGCCCAGAGCUUCAGCUGAUCUUUGCUGUGCUUCUGGGAGAGAGGCAGGCACUGCUCUCAUACCCUUCUGCUCUGUUGAGGUGAUGUUUUAGAGCUGAACUCUGUGCCUAUGCUUGGGUGUUUUGCUGAAUAACGUUUGCAGGACAACUUGCUGUUUCAUAUUCUAGUUGAGAAUUCUGUUGACUGGUUUGAAAAAAAUCUUGAAGAUUUUUUGUUUUCUCUGUAUAGAAAGCUGCAGACAAGAUCUUGACUAGGAGUUGGUAUUGAUGAAGUAUUCUUCUUUUUAUUUGUUUGCGUGUAGGUUUUUUUGUUUUUUGUUCUUCUUUAAUACUUGUCUUUGAAGAUGUUUGUAAGUGUUUCUAGGUUCUCUGAGAUAACAGUUGGGUCUUCUUUGAAAAUAAAACUAGAAUUUUGUAAUAAAAAUGCCCUAGUGGGAAAUACUAAGGCCAGACUAGAUGUGCCCUGAGCAACCUGGCCUAUUGGAAUGUGUCUGCCUAUGGCACAAGAGUUGGAACUAAAUGAUCUAAAAUAUCCCUUCCAACCCAACCCCAUUUUUCUAACAGAAGUCUCUGAACAGUUAGCUAACCAAAGAUUGGGAAACAGGUACUCUCCUGUUUUGAAAUCCUUGAAAAGGCAAGUGAACAGCAGCAAUUUCCUAAAGCAGCCGUUCGUUAGAAAUAUUGCCUAAUAAUGAUUCAGAAGUAGAGUGAAAAAGUAAUUGCUUAUGAAACAUUGCUAAGGAAGUGCUUGUUAAACGUGAAUUUCUUCCUACUGUAAAAACUUCACGUUUCUAAACAUAAGUCCUCAGCCUCUGCCCUUGAUUUCCCCGUAGCCUGCUUCUUCUAUAGAAUUUUUCCCAAACUUUCAUGCACUCCAUGGACCCCCAUCUUGUAUGUUGUUUGAGCUAGGGUUUUGUUAGGUGCUAAAUGAGGAAGAAAGCCAAGUCUUUAUCAAAUGGUGGCAGUUGUGAUUUUUGUGUGCAGUUGAACAUGGCUUGCCUUCACAGACUUUGUGCUGAGUUUGAUGGGAAAGAAGUUAAAAUAAUAACCUAAGCAAACUUUCCUUGGAAAAGAAGUUGAGCAAAGUGUUGAUGAAAUCUGUGUCGCUGCUAUGAGAUGUCAUCAGUAAAAUGGCAGCCCUGCAACAUGCUGAACUUGAGACAGUUUGGUAUAGACGUAAAGAAUUUCUUUUCUCUCUCUUGCCUGAGGAAAUAGCACAGUUUUUUUGUCCACUACAGACUUAAAAUACCUUAAAUUGCAGCAAGUAAAUAAUUCAAGGUAGAUGUUAGGCAAAUUUUCCAGUGGAGAUGAUAAUUUAGCAUUUAAGUAGAUUGCCCGAGGCACAAUAAAAUGGCAUCACUGGAUGCCUUUAAUAGAUGAAAUAUCUCUCAGGAAAGUUAUAGGUAUACUCUUAGGGGGACUGGAUCAAAUUAAGUCCCUUCUAAUUUUAUUUUAGCUGUGAUUUUUAAUUAGUUUGGGUCAUGACAGAGUUGGCCGAGAAAAUGUCAGUUGGGUUGGACUGGCUAAAUAGUUCUGUUUGCUCAGAUCAACUCUACCAUUUUUCUAAUUUAAAAAAUUUCCAAUGACUCAGGCUGACAAUUUCAGAGAGUAUUAUUAGCUUUUUAAAAUGAGUUGUCAACACAGAUGUCGUUUUGAAGAAGAUUAAUUCUAGUAACUUUUAAAAUACUGCAAUUCCACAAUGUGCAAAUUGUGUUGUAGAGUUAUUACUUUUCUGGCAGUACUAGGAUCUAAGACCUUUGUGUUAAAGUUGGAUAAAUGGUUUACAGCCAGUUUUAUGUGAUGAUUUUUCAGAGGUGCAUUUCAUGUUAGUUUGCCCUUACAUUGUACUGUAAGGAUACUAUUGUCUCUUCCCUAGCUUCUAGAUCAACUAAGUUAUAAACUUAUAACAAUAAGUUUAUAUUAGAUCUAAAUUGUUAUCUUAAACAACGUCUGAGCCUGUGAAGCAUGUCCUUGAGGUCUGUACAUUCCCACAAAAGGAAAGCAAGGUAGUGUAGAUACUGGUUGUGGAAUUUGACAGCUGUCCCUUCCCCAUGUUGUCUUUUCUGGUGUUCAGACCAGGCUAGCUGCUCUGGAGACAGUGUAGUGGGGAGGCACAAAAAAAGGUCAGUCAGAGUUGAAACUUGUGAGGUGCUGUAGUUCUGUGAUGGCAAACAAUUUGUCAAAACUUCAUUUUCCUUUUGGUUGCUUGUCAGGCAGCCCACAGUGCCAGGCCCCUGUGUGGGAUGGUCCUGGGUGUCCGUGGUGGGUACAGAGGCCUCACUGGAACACCAGUUGUCCUUCUCAAUAUUGCUGUGUUAUCACUUUGUAUCUCCAUUACUGUUGUCUUCCAUUGAAUCCUUCAGGUUCACUUCUACAGGGUCGGUUUAUUGCUAGUCUAGUUGCAGGUGAUGUUUACACAUUCUGUAAAACAAAAUGGAGUGAAAUAAGCACAUUCUUCCUAUUGUUGUCUGACCAUCUGUCUUGUUUAUCAGUAAACCAUAAGUUUCUGUGAAGAUGAGGCACUGAUCUCACAAUAGUAAUGUGAGUCAAUCAUCUAAUUUUGUGUACCAUGAUUUUAACAUCAAAGACAGCAAAUUCCUCGAGGUAUAAACCAUUGAAAAUACAAUCAGGGUGGGGAGUAACCCAGACUAUGGGUCUGUGCAAAUUGGGAAAGGACUUGCUCACAUGAAGUGAGCACUUCCAUGGCCUUAUUUGUUGAUGUUUACAGAUAUGUAAAAUGGGACAUGGUCAGUGUUUCCAGGCCAAAGAGGAUGCCUAAGAAUGUGUACACACAAAAUCCUUUAAUACAACAGUGGGUUGCAGUCAGCUUCAUAAAAAAGAAUGAGCUGCUAUUGUUGUUCUUUCUGUCCUGAGAGCUAAUGUAAAGUUAAGGAGAAAUCUAUUAGGAGAUUUGAAAGACAUUUCAGUGAAGACUCCAACUUUGAUGGCUCCACAUUUCCAAGGGUAAACACUGGAACACAUGAGUUUUUUUCAAGGAAGAGGGGAAUCGUGUACUCAUAUAUAACCCAGAUUGAAGUUGGGCAUUUUAGAUUAUUACAGUAUGCCUGUUCUUCAGUUGUCUUCUCAUGAACAGUCACCAGUGUAAGUAAAGCAGAAGUUUUCCCUAGGAAUCUUUCUGGGAGUAUUUGUCUGUGGGAAUUCUAAGUUUAGUACUUUAUUCUUUUUAGUCAAAACUCCGUAAUAACAUACACUAUUACCAUGCAAUGCCUUUUCCAGUUAGGAAAAUGCCUCAGCAUUUUGUUUUUAAUGUAGACUGAUGAUUUCUACUUAGUCCACGUGAGAGGUGUUAAGUGUUGAAAUUUGCAUUUGUAAUUUCUUAUUAUAUACCAAAUUCUUUUCAAUCUAAAAAUUAUAGCAUGCAUCAUAUAACCUAUUUAUAACUGUCACAGAGUUAUAUAGGUGCUAUUAUUUUGUGAACUUCUGGAUUUGUAGUUAGCUUGGUCAAAGUAAUUUAAACUACUGUGACAUCAUCUUCAUAUUACUGAUACUGAAAAACAGUAUAAAAAACUGUGCAGCUUCUGGAAUAUUUUUGUUGUGCUUUUUUGUGAUCUGAGAAUAGAAUUUAAAACAUGCAAGCUUGGACAUGCAAAUAAAGUGAGAUGGCACAGAGGAGACAGUUUUAGAAGUCCAUGGGAACUCUUCUCAGUUCUGUUUUAAAACUUUUGUCAUUCUGGGAAGUGGGAUACAAAAAUAGAUUGAAGAUUGUAAUUGUUACAGGAUCAAAGAUGAAAACUGACAUGCAGAGAGUUGAGUUUUGUGUGUUUUCAUCCCAGAAAAAGUUAAUUCUGCAUAUAUGGGACUGGUGCUCCUCAAUUACUGUGACUGCAUUAUUGAGUGUUGCUUUCUUUCUAGCUCAUCUUUCAGCAAAUUGAAUACUAAUGUUCAUGCCAUUCAUACAAGAGUGUGUUGAGUUCAGCAGCAUAAUCCAAAAGCAAAGAAAACUUUGCUUGCUUUGAGAGGUGUAUCAGAGGCCUCCAUUUUUCUAAACAGACUCUCUGAAUUUCAAAAAAGGAAUUUUUGUCACCAGUAAUGCCACCACUGCAUGACCCUGGCAUGGUGUGUUCAGAGCCAUGUUCUGGAGGCCUGGUACCUCUAAAUGUGUGUUUUAUUAGAGCAGAUGUGGUGGGUGAUGUCAGAUGCCACUUAGCUCAGUGCCUGUCCCUGACAGAAGCCAACAGUCAAUGCCUGAUGCAGAGACAAGUAAUAGAUGGGGUGGCCCAUCUCUGGAGCUUCAAACUUUUUUUGACUAAGAAGAAACUCUGAGCUUAUGUAAUAAAAGUAUUUAUGAUACAAAGUUUUCCUGUCUGUUGUUGGACACAGUAUGCAAGUAUGGGGGGGGUAAAAGAGUGAUUCUGCCCACUACCCUCACCCCCUGGACAUCUAGAGUAGUCAAAAAUACAAUAUUGUAUUUCUGUAUCAAAUGUCCUUUUAAUGUCAGAGAUACAAUAGCAAGGCAAUAUUUUUGUUUUCUUGCAUAUCUGUCCACCUUUCUAUUAUGUAUAAGAAUAUGUACAUUUCUUUUGUAGCCACGUCAUGAAUACUUUAAUGUACCAGUGUACUAAAU